CUUAGGCGAUUUAUUUGAUUGUUGUUUUUUAAUUGCCAGUUGGGAGUUUUACACUUAUCAAUAAGUAUCUUAUUGAAAUAUUUUUAUUGUUUUUGAUAUAUACUUAUGAAAUGUUAUUUAACCUUUAAUUAUAUCUUAACAGGUUAUAAAGAUUAAUACAGAGAUCUGUUUUUUUUUUUUUUUUGACAAAUAAUACGGAGAUCUUAAAAAAAGAAAUAAAAUCAAACUAAAAAAACCAAAUACUCUGUUCUCUCUCCUCUAAAAAGAAAACCCUCUUGUAACCUAGAACUCACCGGAGUUCCGGCGCCGCGGCCGGUUCUCCGGCGGGUUCCUCUUCUAUGUAUUAAGCUUUUCUUUUCUAGCGUUCUAGCGUUGAAGGUGAAGUGGAACCAGGCUCCCAGCGGGCUUCAAACUCCGCUUAGUGUUUAACCUCUUCUCGCCGGAAAUUCUCAAGGUGGUUUUCUCACUUUUUAAGUUUAAAGUUCUAGUAGCUUUGUGAUUUGGGUACUCGAGGGUAAGAAGGUCGUUUUCAAUUGGGUUUAAAGUUUCGUUUGACAAAACAAGAUUCGAAGGCUACCUCUAACGCCGCCGACUUCACGUGAUCGAAAAGAUCGAGUUGGUAAAGGUAAAGUUAGAGUAGGCUAGCUCUAACGCCGCCGACUUCGUGUGAUCGAAAAGAUCGAGUUGGUAAAGGUAAAGAUAGAGUUAGGGUUUGUUCGUUUUCUUGCGUUGGGCUUUAUUCUCGUUCCUUUAAUUUCCUCUACCCAUUUUCUGUUUAUGUCACCAUUUCGGGUUUGUCUCUUGGUUGUCUUGUCGCCGGUGAUGUUAGUCCAGUUUGACCUUCACGGUAAAGGCGGUAAUCGGAGGCUGGUGACUGUUGGUUGGUUUCUUGCUUAUUUUAUGGCUUUUUUGGUUUAAUUUUAGUUUUCCUUGCUUCUAUGGGUCUUUGCUAUGAGUUUGAUGCUAUGAGAUGCGGUUCUCUUUGUUCUAAUUGGGGUUUGUCAAGUUUAAUUGUGGGUUUAAAGGGGUGUGUCCUGCUCCUAUUUAGAAUUUUGGUUAUGCGAGGUUUGGGUUUGUGGGGAAUUUGCCAUUGUUAUGGUAUGGUUUAGUUCAUAUGGUUGGUUAGGGUUUGUUGUUUGUUUGUUGUUUCCUCUUUCGAUUUUCUCAAUCGAAAGAGUUUCAAAAGGUUGUCCCUUGAUGUCCUUUGUUUCAGCUUAGUAGUGGAUUUUCAAUCUAUUACUUUGAAAAAUGCCUAUCUUAACACUACUCCCCAAAAUGAAAUGUUUGGGGGCCUCCGAAAGGUUAUUUUGGAGGUUUAUAGUAUGUCAAUGGUCUCUUUCCUUGAGAAAGGAUCAAUGGUACCCACAAUUAAGGGUAUCGAAUCACUUGUAAGGGUGAUUCAAUGUGUGUUGUUACGCCCUAAUCGCUAUGUUUUCCUACCCCAUUUACUUAUUAAUAUAGGCUCUCGGUGUCCUUUUCAACUCGUUAAUAUGUAUGCCAGAAUUUGUUUGUUCGUCGUCCUCCAAUGCUUUCUCCAAGUUCAAGAGAAUGUGGAAUACAUAAUCAGAAAGGUGUGUUUCUCAUUGCAUGCUCAAAGGAUAAUGGCAGAAUUUUCAAACCAACAAGAUCAAUUGUGGAAGUACUUUAAUUUAAUGUAUUCUCGUUGUAAUAGAGGAGGUAACGCUCCCUUUUUGACUUGAAUGGACCACUAUGCCCUUUAUGCAAUUUGGGUUAUAAAAAUGACCUUGUUCCCUAUUUGGACACAAUACAUGAAACAGUCCCCUCACUUCACGACAUUGCUGUCCCGAGCUUCCCCAAAUCGGUCCCCACGACCUUGCAACCAAAUCGGUCCUCACGACCACCUAAAUUUUCUAUUUUCAAAAAUCGUUAAAUUUUCCGACGGGUCUUGGGUCAUGGACGGCGAGUGGAACAUACGUACGCCGGAGAAUGCGUCAGAUCAGUCUGGUCAUUCCUUGUCGACAUUCUCGACCCACUGGAUAUAGGCUUUACAUGGAAUUUUUGAAGAGAUAUGCUUUUAAGUUGAAGUCUCAGAUCAGUGUGCCUAAUUUUGGAAAAGUCAUGAUGUCAAUUGAGCAUGUCCUAUGUCUUUCUCAGAUAUUUGGUUCACGAGCAAGUGAACCAAAUGUUUUAUUGGUUGAAUUUGUGUUUACUAUCAUGUGGCAGCUGCUUGAUGCAUUACUAGAUGAUGAGGGUUUACUGGAACUUACCACAGAGAAGAAAUCUUUCUGGGCUAUUAGUACUCAAGAGAUGGAUGUUGAUCCUUAUGAUAAUUAUGAUGAGAAGAAGUUUGAACAACUUGACAAAUUGAGAAGAAUGAAUACUGAGAUGGCCUUUGAGAUUAUUGGACAAUUUUUUAAAAAUGGAGUUACCUUUAGAAUGAUUUGCUUGGUUCGCCAUAACAUGCCAAAACAAUGGGCAGCUUUAACUGAAAGAUUAGAGUUGCUUGCAACUAACUCAUCAACGUUAAGGAAUCCAAAGAUUUUAAGUCCCAAAAUGCUUUUAGAAUUGACUUCUGAUGCUUGCAAACUUUCAUCCUGGAAAUACAAAAAGUCAGAAGAGUUUUCUGGUGAUUUGGAUUUCAUAUCACUGGCUUCUCCUGUUCAUGGUCAAGAAACUUGCCAUUAUGGUUUGUGGCUUCCACUUGAUAUAAUUUUGGAGGAUGUCAUGGAUGGAUCUCAAGUUACAGCAACAAGUGCGGUUGAGAUCAUUACUGGUUUGGUGAAGUCCCUUCAAGCGAUUAACAAUACCUCCUGGUAUGAUACCUUUUUAGCCUUGUGGGUUGGUGCUCUACGUUUCGUUCAAAGGGAAAGGGAUCCAAUGGAAGGGCCUGUUCCUCGCCUUGACACCCGGAUGUGUGUUUUGUUGUCGAUCACUCCUCUAGUGGUUGCUGAUCUCAUUGACGAAGAGGAAAAUCCACUAGAUGAAUCAGAAAGUGGUUUAACCAAUAAUUGGAAUAGAAGAUUUGAUCCCUACACUCGUCGCAAAGAUUUGGUUUCCUGUUUGCAGAUACUUGGCGAUUAUCAGUCUUUGCUGUCCCCACCUCAAUCUGUUGUUCCUUCUGCCAAUUUGGCUGCUGCAAAAGCAAUGAUGAUUAUUUCAGGCAUUGAUGUCUCUGGUGGAUACUUUGAAUGCAUUAAUGUGGAUGAUCUACCAACUAACUGCGCUGGGAAUAUGCGGCACUUAAUAGUUGAAGCUUGCAUAGCUAGGAAUCUUCUUGAUACAUCGGCAUAUUUUUGGCCAGGCUAUGUGAAUGGUCAAAUAAAUCAAUUUCCUAGUCGUAUUCCUUCUCAAGUGCCUGGUUGGUCAUCAUUUAUGCAGGGAGCUUCACUUAGACCUGUGAUGAUCAAUUCUAUGGUUGCUGCUCCAGCUUCAAGUUUAGCAGAGCUGGAGAAAGUAUUUGAGCUUGCAAUGAGCGGAUCAGAGGAUGAAAAGAUUUACGCAGCCACAAUUCUUUGUGGGGCAUCCUUACUUCGGGGAUGGAAUGUACAGGAGCAUAGUGUGUCUUUUAUAACUAGGUUACUGUCUCCUCCAGUUCCUGCUGAUUUUCUGGGUAAUGACAGCCAUCUUAUAGCAUAUGCACCAAUGCUUUUUGUGCUCUUGGUUGGAAUAGCACCAGUUGACUGUGUCCAGAUCUUCUCGUUACAUGGCUUGGUGCCUCAACUUGCUGCAUCAUUAAUGACAAUCUGUGAAGUUUUUGGAUCAUGUGUUCCUAAUGUUUCAUGGACAGUCAAUGAGGAAGAAAUUUCCGCUCAUGCUGUUUUUUCAAAUGCCUUCGCUCUACUUUUGAAGCUCUGGCGGUUCAAUCAUCUGCCUCUUGACUAUGGUGUGGGAGAUGUACCUCCAGUUGGGUCUCAACUUACUCCAGAGUACCUUUUAUUAGUGCGGAACGCUCUCCUUUCAUCUGCAGGAUAUGUCCUCAAGGAUCGUAACAAAAGAAGACUUUCAGCUGUUUUUAGUGCAUCAUGCCCAAAACCCAUAUUCGUUGAUUCCUUUCCAAAAUUGAAAGUCUGGUAUCGUCAGCACCAAGCAUGCAUUGCUGCACCUCUCUCUGGUCUAAUUCCUGAAAGUCCUGUGCAUCAGAUUGUUGAGGUACUUUUAAAUAUGAUUUUCAGAAAGAUCAACAGAGGAGUUCAGUCUUCUGCAGCUUCUGGAAGUAGUAAUUCUUCUGGGCCUGCUAGUGAAGACAGCUCUUUAAGACCCCAGUUGCCUGCUUGGGAUAUUCUGGAAGCUGUUCCCUAUGUUGUUGAUGCAGCCUUAAGUGCCUGUGCUCAUGGACAGGUCACUCCUCGUGAGCUAGCUACAGGUCUUAAAGAUCUUGCUGAUUUUCUUCCUGCGUCUUUGGCAACAAUAGUGAGUUACUUUUCUGCUGAAGUGACUCGGGGAAUAUGGAAACCGGCUCUUAUGAAUGGAACAGAUUGGCCAAGCCCUGCAGCAAAUUUAUCUAAUGUUGAGGAACAAAUCAAGAAUAUACUUGCUGCAACUGGGGUUGAUGUUCCCAGCCUUGCUGCAGCAGUAAAUUCUCCAGCUACUCUUCCUCUGCCGUUGGCUGCAUUUUUGAGCCUCACUAUAACCUAUAAACUUGACAAAGUAUCGCAGCGUUUCCUCAAUCUGGCAGGACCAGCCCUUGAGUCCCUUGCAGCUGACUGCCCAUGGCCAUGCAUGCCUAUUGUGGCUUCUUUGUGGACACAAAAGGCAAAACGUUGGAGUGAUUUCCUUGUCUUCUCGGCAUCACGUACCGUCUUCCUCCAUGACAACAAUGCUGUGGUUCAGCUUCUCCGUAGUUGCUUUACUACCACACUUGGUCUGAGCACCAAUCCUUCUUCAAGCAGAGGUGGGGUUGCUGCCCUUCUUGGCCAUGGAUUUGGGUCUCAUUUCAAUGGGGGGAUAUCUCCUGUUGCUCCAGGAAUUCUAUAUUUGCGUGUAUAUCGCUCUGUUAGAGAGAUCAUGUAUUUAGCAGAGGAAAUAAUAUUUCUCUUAAUGCAGUCUGUUCGAGAGAUAGUAGGUGCUGGGAUAUCUAAGCAAUCAAGAAAGAAACUUAAAAGGACAAAAAUGGGACCAAUAUACGGGCAGGUCUCGCUCGAUGUGGUAAUGACUAAAGUGAAACUGGCAGCUUCUCUUGCUGCUACACUUCUGUGGUUAUCUGGGGGACAGUGCUUGGUUCAGUGUCUAUUAAAAGAAACUCUACCUUCUUGGUUCAUCUCAGUUCAGAGAUCUGCACAAGAAGAACCAGAAGAAAUAGUUUCAACGUUUAGAGGUCAUGCAUUGGCGUAUUUUGCAGUCCUGUGUGGAGCCUUUGCUUGGGGUGUUGACUCAUCAUCACCUGCAUCCAGACGACGCCCUAGAAUUCUUGGGCAAUACUUGGAAUUUCUAGCAAGUGCUUUGGAUGGUAAGAUCUCUUUGGGUUGUGAUUCAGUUGUAUGGAAAGCCUAUGUUUCGAGUUUCAUAAACUUGAUGGUAGGGUGCACACCAAAUUGGGUGGUGGAAAUGGACGUGAAUGUAUUGAUGAGACUGAGUGAAGGACUGAUUCACUGGAAUGAAGAGGACAUUGCUUUUGCAUUGCUCACGACUGGUGGGAUGAAUACCAUGGGUGCAGCGGCAAAGCUCAUAGUAGAAAGUGAGAGAUAACGCACAUCUUUCUUUCUUUCUUUCUUUUUGCGGCACCUAAAUUUUAUAAAAGGUGCCUGCUAGUUUCUUGUAGAAUUGUACAUGAGUUUCAUCAUGUAGGGUAGUUGUGCAGCCAUGACCACAUUGUAUUUUUAUUUUUAUUUGUAGGGAGUACAUGUUUACUCAUAUUGAGAUUACGUAACUAAUCUUUGUACCAUAGCUAUCUUUUAUUACCUUGCUACGAGUAUUAAAUAGGGAGAGGUGUAUAGUAUUGGUUUUUUUU